AGGACCACUACAAAGUAAGAUUUACUGAGAGGACAUUUAUACAAAUGUAGCUCAUGUUAACCUCAACUUGCAAUAGGACUACUACUGCAAGCCCCACUGCUACUGGAGUUUCUUGCAGCACUGAUGAUGACUGCCCUGGUGUUACUUGCUGCAACCUUAACACUAACAAGUGCGUUAACGAUCCCAACGGUACCAUUUGCGACAUUCCACCUACCAAGACUAUCACCACCACCAAGCCUACCACCACCACUAAGGCCACUACCACCACUAAGACCACUACCAAAACCACUACCACAACGGCUACUGGUAAUGAGCCAUCUCACUUGACCGCUGUAGUUAAUGCAGAUACUCUCUGCUUUUUCUUGCCACCCAGCUCCGGUGGUGAUAUCGCCGACUCCGAAAAGACUGCUGUUGCUUUCUGUGAGUCUGCUUCAGAUGCCCCUGGUGCUAAGGCAUUCCCAUCCGGUUUCAUCACAAGCUCUCACUACAAAGCUGCAACUGGAACUGCUGCUUAUGUGCAAUAUACCGGUACCAUUAACCCAAGCACUUAUGGCUUGAAAAGCACGGAUGAAGGUGGUCAAUACGAUAACCAUGGUUCAGGCAGCCCUCCUGGAAGCGUUUGCGCUGGUUAUCCCUACUAUGUCAACCUUGUUGAACCUGCUGAAAAGGAUUAUUGUAUUAGAUGCUGCCAAAACUCCGCUGACUGUCCCACUGGUCGUUCCUCCGCUGGAUGCCAAUCUAUCGUUCCAGGCACCUACUCUGUCGUGCUUGAGCUUGAUUCGCCUUUGACCAGCACUAACGGAAGCACUAAGUCUGCCGUUGCUUUGGCUGCCACGAACAAGAAGGUCAUCUGGACUCCCCCCACUCGCCAGGAAUACAACAGCAACGCCACCUUGAGAGCUGCUCUCAAGAAGACCGUUUUCCCUCUUGGUGUUGGUUUAGAUAAACCGCAAAACUAAAGAAAGUCACUUUUAUAGUUUAAAGAUCGUGAAUUCUCAAAAGACGAUAAUUCGUGCAAUCCGUUCGCAAAUACUAAUAAAAGAGGAACAUUUGAAUCCUUAAUGUACGAUUAAACGUACAAUAUUACAUAUUUGUAAAUACA